AUGCGAGAACUCUUACUAAUAUUGUUACUAGUAGUCCCUAUAUCAACGUCUUUAUCACAAGUGACAACGCCAAUGCAAGGGCAAUGCCAGGCGGUCUGUCUGAAUGAGGCUUCUGCUUUCAGUACGCUUCUCUUGAAAGAAUUCUUCGCACUGGACGGAAGUGGAUAUCGCGAAGCAGACGCGGUGAAUAACAGCGAUUUCGCAUUGUGUAAACUCGGAUGUGGAUCACCAGGAUUCACCGAGUUGAAAUUGGAGCCGUUCAAACGAGGCCAAACGGUGUAUGGUACGAUCAUCAAUCAGCGCGAAUCGAGCGCCUCUCCUACGAUGGCAUCUACGUCCUCACCGGUUCAGAGUGUGACGCUACUAUGCGCUGAUAGCGCUGAAAACAACGGCAGCGUCUUUUGGAGAGUCGCACUUGAUCUUAGGAACGACAGUGAUGACGGUAUGAUGGCACACUGGAUAGAUGCCGUUCGAAGAACGAAUGACGACGAAACCACAGAUACGGUCGUCUUUGGUACUUGG